GAUGAUUACCGCAAGCAUUUCCUUGUUGUGCGCGUGAAGAUAAUUUUUAGUUUCACACUACGGUUCUGUUUCAGCUGCUUUGGUAUAAGUUUUCGAAAAAACUGAUUUUUGAAAAUCGGGUAUUUAUUAGAAAUAUCUCUAAUGAGAAGUUAUGGAAAAUUCAGAGGUAACUAAAGUGGUUCUGCUGGCUUGUGGUUCAUUUAACCCCAUCACCAAUAUGCACCUGCGAAUGUUUGAACUGGCUCGCGACCACCUGGAAGACACAGGGAACUACAGAGUUAUCAAGGGAAUUAUAUCCCCUGUUGGUGAUGGCUAUAAGAAAAAGGGCUUGAUUGAAGCCUCCCAUCGGAUCGAAAUGGUAAAACUUGCUACCGAGACCUCUGAUUGGGUGACCGUGGACCCAUGGGAGGGCCAGCAAGCUGACUGGGUGGAGACUGCUAAAGUAAUUCGGCAUCAUUAUCAGGAGCUCCUGGCAGCAGAGAGGAGCAAAGAUGAGGUGGACACGGUGAGGAUUGGGAAGAAGAGGAGGCAUGAAGACAGAGGCGGAUGUUCAAACGGUGGGAGGACAGGCGUGCCCCAGCUGAAGCUGCUGUGUGGUGCGGAUGUCCUGGAGUCCUUCAGCGUGCCCAACCUGUGGAAGCCGGAGGACAUCACCGAGAUCGUGGGCCACUUCGGUCUGGUGUGCAUCACCCGGGCUGGCAGCGACGCCUGGAAGUUUCUCAACCAGUCAGAUACUCUGUGGAGGCACCGCAAGAACAUCCACCUGGUGAAGGAGUGGGUGACCAACGAGAUCUCGGCCACCCACGUGCGACGGGCCCUGCGUCGUGGCCAGAGCGUGCGGUACCUGCUGCCUGACCCCGUGGUGCAGUACAUCCAGGAGCUCAGCCUGUACACCGCGGACAGCGAGGAGAAGAACGCUGACAUUAUCCUGGCUCCACUGCAGAAAUAUAGACCGCUGGCGAACCUGCUGUUGCUUAUUACGAUUCUUCAGCUGUCCAGCUUCGCCAUCAGAAUGCCUGCGGACUACAGUGGCACUUGGAACAUGGUCAGCAAUGAUAACCUUGAAGGGUACAUGGUAGCGCUGGGAAUUGACUUUGCCACACGCAAGAUUGCAGGAGUGCUAAAGCCGCAGAAGGUGAUAGAGCAGGACGGGGACUAUUUCACCAUUAAAACACUCAGCACCUUCAGGAACUACACGUGCUCCUUCAAGAUAGGGGAGGAGUUUGAGGAGGUGACCAAGGGACUGGACAACCGCAAGUGCCAGACACUAGUGAACUGGGACAAUGGCAGACUGGUGUGUGUGCAGAGGGGUGAGAAGAAAAACAGAGGCUGGACCCACUGGAUCGAGGGAGAUGAACUUUACCUGGAAAUUUGCUGUGAGAAUCAAGUCUGCAAGCAAGUUUUCAAAAGGAGUGCCUAAGCACAUGGGCCAAUUUUAGUUUAGGCUUUAAAUAGCAGUGCAGCACAUUAUUCAAAUACACUAAGGGUAUAUAUUUGGAUAUAGACCCUUCACACUGUUGGAUAAUGGCUAGUCUUAGAUAAAUAAUAUAAUGCUUUGGAAACGAGAUGAUUCAUAUUAAGGGGCUAUCCUUCAAUACAUAAUGUUUUCUCAGUAGAAUGCCCCGUCUCUGGGUAAUUGUUGCUGUUGCUAAAACAUCGAUGUCUUUCCUUUUGUGUGUGUUUUGAAGUGAUAUUUUAAUGAACAUGGAAGAAUUAUGCUCUGUAAUCUACUGUAAGGGGCCAAAGCCACAACUUCUUUUUUUUAUUAAUGCAAGAAAAAUAUUUGUUUUGAAAAAUAUAUUCACAAUAAAUCUUUCUUGCUACAGAACA